AAUCCAUCUCUUCUGUACUUCAAUUUCUUCAAUCCAUCGAUCAAUCAUACAAUUUCGUUGAAAUGCCAACUUGUGUUCCUCGAUCGAAGCUGCCUGAUGAGCUUGAUGAAUCAAAUCGCAAUGGCGAUACCGCUGCCACUAAACAAGCUAUGAAAACACUCGCUUCUCAGAUCAAGGACAUGGCGCUAAAAGCGUCGGGAGCAUAUCGAGGUUGCAGCACGUGUACGGGACCGGCGAUGAUGAUGACUUCACAGCAGCAGUUACAGAAUAGUAACGAUGCGGAAUCGGAUUCAUCGGCACCGGUUUCAGAGAGGUUCCGGUGGACGUACCGACGAACUGGUAGCAAAAAUUCGAGCUCCGGCAGAGUUUGGGGGAAGGAAAUGGAGGCCAGGUUGAAGGGCAUAUCGAUGGGGAGUGGUGGAGGUGGGGAGGCUGUGUUAGGAAUGUUAUCUGCAUCGGCGAGUGGCCGGAGACCUGACCCGAUCGUAUUGGUGGAGGAGAUUGAACCGAAAGAGUGGGUUGCUCAGGUUGAACCCGGCGUCCUCAUUACCUUUAUUUCGCUGCCGCGUGGUGGUAACGAUCUUAAAAGAAUCCGGUUUAGCCGCGAAAUGUUUAAUAAAUGGCAAGCGCAAAGAUGGUGGCAAGAUAAUUUCGACAAGGUGAUGGAACUUUACAAUGUUCAAAGGUUAAACCGUCAGGCGUUUCCUCUUCCAAUGCCUCCAAGGUCGGAAGACGAACUUGCUCUUGAGUCAAGGGUUUCAAAAAAUGAAUUUUUUGGAGACAGUCCAAUAACACCAACUUUGAGUAAAGAAAGGCUACCUCACACCUUACAUCGGCCACUUGGAUCCUCAUCGUCGGACUCUCUUGAUCACCAAAGCUCAACCCUGUUGCGGUCCAACCGUGACUCCUCUGGUCUAACCGUCACCCCGAAACUAUCAAGCAUUAGUGGAACCAAAACGGAAACAUCAUCCAUGGAUGCUUCCUUAAGCGCUAGCUCAUCAAGAGAGGCGGAUCGCUCAGGAGAGUUUUCCAUCAGUAAUGUGAGUGAUAUCGAGAAUGAAUGGGUGGAACAAGAUGAACCCGGAGUCUAUAUCACCAUCAGAGCUCUUCCAGGUGGCUCGAGGGAACUCAGACGUGUCAGAUUCAGCCGCGAAAAAUUUGGAGAGGUGCAUGCAAGACUGUGGUGGGAAGAGAAUCGAGCAAGGAUACAUAAGCAAUACUUGUAA